UCAUUCCAUUGACCUCGCUUUCCAUUCAGCUUAGAUCACUGUUCAAUUUGCAUAGUAUAACAUGAGCAAUGAAGGCGAGUGGACCACUGUUACUUCCAAGCACUCGACAGGUCAUAAACCACAGCGCCCCUUUUCCACUGCUGGAGGCUCUGCUACACCCUUGUCCUCCAAACCCGAGUCGUUGCGAAGCGCUGCAGCAGACAAAUAUGCAGGGAGCAGUAGCAACAGGACCGGACACCACAACCAUCACCAUCACAGCAACAAGAAGGCAACUAGAAAGGAUGCGUCUUCUACAUCUACUAAUGUAGCCACAACAAAGGCAAACGUUGGUGGUGGUGGUAAUGGUAGUAGUAGCAAGCAAAUGAGCCGCUCUCGCUCCAGUUCUAUCUCUAGUGGCUCUGAUUCUUCUCAAUCAGACGAUUUGGCCUCUGCUUCAGGAUCUGGAUCGAACCGUCUUCCAUACCAUAUUACGAUCAUGAUCCAUUGCCCUUUCCAAUCCUGUGAUAUGACAGAUCCUCUUACAGACUCGACCUCGCUCGUUCUCCAUUUGAAGGAAGCACACAAGAUUGUGUUCAAGAACAUUCAUCAUAUGUUUAUUAUGCUAGAUCGAUAUCUGAACCAUUGGGCUAAUGAGAUCGAAGCCAAGGGUAUUGAGAAUGUGGCGGCGAAAGAGAAUGAGGCGGACGAAUUUUAUACAAUUGAUCCGUUGGUUUUGGCUUCGGAUCGAGUUUUGAGAGAUGUGAUUCAACGCGAAAAGUUGAAUGAAAUUUUAAAACUCCAGGAGAAGGAGCGACAUGAGGAUGCUAAACUGAAACGAAAGUGUCUCUUCUGCAAGAACAUCUGCGAUAACAGAUCGAUUUUGUUUAAACAUAUGUUUGCUGAACAUAAUUUCAACAUUGGUCUACCAGAUAAUCUUGUCAAUGUGAAUGAGUUUCUGGAUAUGCUAGAAGCCAAGCUGACUAGCCUUCAAUGCCUUUACUGCGAAAAGACAUUUACAUCGCCAGCGGUUCUCCGGAAGCACAUGCGUAAGAAGAAGCACUUCAAAAUCAGCGCCCGCAAUCGUCUCUAUGACCAGUUUUACGUGAUUAAUUAUUUGGAACCUGGCAAAAACUGGGAGAACUUUGAGCAUGAUCGGUACGACUCGGAUGAUGACCGUAGAGAUGACUCAUGGGCUGACUGGGACGAUGCAUUAGAGGAGGAAAAGACAAAGUGUUUGUUUGAAGAUCAAUAUUUCGACUCAGCACAACAGGCACGUGAACAUAUGAAGGUGGCCCAUGGGUUUGAUCUGGAAGGAGAGAGGCGCCGGCUAGGACUGGACUUUUAUCAGACCAUCACACUGAUCAACUACAUCCGUCGUCAAACAAUGUUGGGUUUAUGCUUCUACUGUUUAACAAAGGAUCCUCGGAAUAUGGACAAUAAUAAUCAACAGGCAGAUCUCCAGAGUGAGAGGGAAGAGGAUCAGGAUAGUGGGGAUUGGUUGGUAAAGCAUUUGCAGGAGGCAGGUUGUGGAAGCAAGGUACCAAGCAUGGAUGCAGAUUUCUGGAAGGAUGCGCAGUUCCUGCUGCCUAUGCUUGAGAACGAUCCUCUGCUAAUGAUUUUUGGAGAGGAAGAUUCGGAGGACGAUAUUGCAGAGUCGAAUCCUGGAGUGAUAUCUUCUGAAGAAAAUGACAGCGAUGAGGGUGAUGACUAA